AUGGUCGACGCAGCCAUCGUUCACGGGGAGAACCAACAAGGAUACUUCUUCUCCGGUAGACGUUACGCCCGGGUCAAGUGGACCUCGUACGGUAGCACCGAGGAGAUAGUAUUCGGCCCGAAGCAAAUCAAAGACUACUGGCCUGCGACAACUAAAGCUGGUUUUGGCAGAGUUGAUGGUGCUGUUUCCGUUCCUGGGACGAAGGACGAGUUCUAUUUUUUCUUUGGCGCCCUCGUCAUACGCAUCAAGUUUAGUCCUGGGGGCGACGAUACCCUCCUUGAGGGGCCUCUCAAAAUUACCGACAAAUGGAAGAGCCUUGCCUCCACUCCAUUUGAUACGAUCGACGCCGCAAUCAAUCUUCCUGGGUCCUCGACUGAAACAUACCUUUUCUCGGGAACGCACUCCAUCCGCAUUGAUCUUGGCAAAGACAAGAUCAUCUACGGACCCUACACGCUAGUUGACCAGUGGCCAGGUCUCACAAGUGCUGGAUUUACUGCGAUUGAUGCCGCUAUUCCUGUUCCUGACGCCAAGGUGGAAGGUGAACACUAUGUGUUCAAGGGAUCUCAAUAUGUGAGAAUCCAGGUUAUUCCUGGCGCCGCCGACAAGUUGACUUGGGGCCCGAAACCGAUUGCCGACUACUGGAAGACCCUUGACUGGUCUUGA